AUGCCCGAAAAAAGGACAGAUUCAGAGUGCUCAUCCUCCAGCAAAUCAGAGGACGGGACAUUCACUCCACCAGAACACAAAACCCUAGAAAUAACAUGGGAUGACGAAGAACUUGAACUCCUUGAUUCCAUCACCUCAGUCCGAUGGCAUCAAUUCUACGUUUGUCCGGGCUGGCUCGGCUUCAUCAUUCCCCUACGCCAAUUCAUACUCAAGCGACCUGGAAACAAGAAGUUAUUCUAUGACUAUGGACCUUCGCCCGCGAAGAAAGCUUAUGAUCCGUCCGAAGCCGUAAUGUCUGGUGGAUUAGGAGAGGGAGAUCCUGUGACGAUUGAAAACCGCGUGGUCCUGCCGGGUGUGUUGGAGAUGGGUGAAAUAGAUACGUUGGUCAAGACGCAGAAGUAUCUUACUAUUUAUCUCAAGGAAGCGGACUGGGAUGGCCAGGACAAUAUCGGGAUCUCGUUGCAGCUCAUCUCAGAUUACACUCUUAUCUAUGAGACUUUUAACCCGGGGGAUUCUGACUGGACGGAUGUGAUUGACGAAAGCGCAGCCAUGACCACGAAAGCCAUCGUCCGGAAAUUUUCACACAUGAUAAAGCAGAAUUCUCGGAUGCUUUGA